UUAAAAAUAAUUGAAUGAAAAAAUCAAAAUUAGACAAAUGAUGUGAGCACGAGAUCCCCCAUGUCCGCCUAUGGUGCUGCAAACACGAACUCCUAGUUGUUAUAUACUCCGUACACGAACUCCUAGUUGUUAAAUGAGUCACUCCUAGAGGUGAUCAUCUCAAUCCCCGUCGUCAUAGCAACAUACUAUUGGCUAGGCCCCUCUUGUGCCGGCGAUGGCCUCGAACAGGCCGGGUUUCUUUGUAAUGGGAUUUCUCAUGUUCGUCAUUGGCUCCUUUGCCUUGUCCUCCAAGUGGAAGGACGCUUUCUCCAUCUACCUCGUGUUCAAGUUCCCUCUGUUGCUAAUCGUGCUUGGCUCCAUCAUCUUCUUCUCCGUCGUCGCGAGGCACUCGCCGCCGCCGCACAACCACCGCGCUAAUGAGGAAUACCGCCUUGACCACUUCUCGUCAUGGUACCGCCGAUGGCUGUGCGACUUCAACCGCUGGAAUGAGGCCGUGGCUUGUCUCGCUCCCUCUGCUGGGUGUGCUCGCUUGGACCAUACUUACAACUCAUCUCAACAACUCUUCACUGCACACCUCACUCCCCUCCAGUAUAAUGUGGUGAGCUUUGCGUCAUCUCACCAAAGCAUGUCAUCUCACCGUAAGAAAAUCUACGAGGGGGCGGGGGCAGCUUACAUUAAGGAACACCCACUCGACCACUUCUCCCGCUUCUAUCGCCGCAAGGUUACCAGCGGCGUCUACCAGUGGGAUCAGAUCGCAAACUGUCUCACUCCCACUACAGGCGGCUGUGCUUCCUUGGACCACACCACUACUUACAAUAACUCCUCUCAACAAACUACACACCUCACUCCCUUGCAGUUGGGGUGCUGUAUGCCGCCUCACGAAUGUGGAUCCACUUUUGUGAGCCCAACAAAUGGGACAACUUCAACGAACAAUGUUAAUUGUGCGAGGUGGAACGUCGACCCGAGUAAACUGUGCUAUUCUUGUGAUUCUUGCAAAGCCGGAGUGCUGCUCACCGUCAAUAAGAGAUUGAAAUCAACAAAUCGCAACUUGGGUAUUACCUUGGCGCUGGCACUCAUUGCUUGGGUGGCUAACAUCGUUUUGGCAUGCAUCAUAGGGAGUGAGAAAUUUACGGACUAAAAUAUAAUGAUUUUCAAGAC